GGUGGGAGGCGGUUGCCAGGAGAAGCUGAGACAGUGUGUCGGCGAGUAUAGUGCGAGUGGGCUACCGGCAGCACGUGACGUGUCAGAAUGCGGGCUCUAAGUGCACUCACCGUAGCCGGGAUACUUGCUCUGUUCCCCGGGGAAGGGCAGGCGCUGAAGCCUGGAGACUGCGAGGUAUGUGUCACCUUCCUGAAUCGUUUCUACCAGUCCUUAAAGGAGAGAAAUGUGGAGUUCACCGCAGCAGUUGUGGAUAAGGAACUUCUGAAAUCCUGCAAUGAGGCCAAAGGGAAAGAGAACCGUCUGUGUUAUUACAUCGGAGCCACUACUGAUGCUGCCACUAAGAUCACCAAUGAAGUCUCCAAGCCACUUAGUCACCAUAUCCCAGCUGAAAAGAUUUGUGAGAAACUAAAGAAGAAAGAUGGGCAGAUCUGCGAGCUGAAAUAUGACAAACAGAUUGACCUGAGCACAGUAGAGCUAAAGAAACUGAGGGUCAAGGAACUAAAGAAGAUCUUGGAUGACUGGGGGGAGACGUGCAAAGGCUGUGCCGAGAAGUCCGACUUCAUCCGCAAGAUCAAUGAGUUGAUGCCUAAAUAUGCCCCUAAUGCUGCUAGUGCACGGACUGACCUUUAACCUUGCACAUGAACUGCCCCCCCACCCCAGGGAGCCAGCAAGCAGACUGACCCCUCACCCUGGUUUUGGCUUUUACUUUUUAAGAAUUAGAUUUUGGUUUAUCCCUAGUUCCUGCGGAGCAGCAAUAGACUGCAGAUGUGCGCACAUCCGAGAGAAGCGGGACACUGUUUUGUUUAAUGUACUUACGUGUAACUUAUUGGUUUUCUCAACACUGUCCUUUGCAGUGAAAUAUUAAUGGGUUAUAUAUAAUUUUUUUUUUUUUUACUCUUUUUGUUUAGGUUUCGAUGAGUGGAAUAUAUUUUUUUUCUAUGAAAAUAAAAUAAUCCACUCCAGUACUUGCUGUGUUAGAGCAAUACAUCCCCUGGUAAGGCACCAGAUGCACUAGGUGUGUCCUGUAUACAUCUGUUUAUGGGAAUGGGUAGACAAUAUAACAAGUGCAGACCGUAUUAGUCUGUCUGCUCAGCAGUGACUUGAUCUUUAUUCUGCCAGUGGACAAAAGUUGUCGGAACAUCUCUUCGAUGCCCAUUGGCUGAUUUAGGGGGGGGAGUGGCUUCUGAUGGACACAGCUCUGCCUCAGUCGUUGCAAUGAAGUGGGGUCAGUAAGAUGGAUUCUCAGUGCUGCUGUUUGACGUUUACACUUUACAGUGUUUGAGCAACUUCAAGACUGAUAAACUGAUUUCUGUAAAAUCUAGACAGAUUGUAUUGCCUGUAACAAGCUUCAGUCAUGUUCAUUCCUUUGUUAUUUUUGACCAAAAAAAAUCUCAAAAGGCGCUAGUUUAUUAGCGCAUGUUAUUUUAGAACUAGUGUCCCUUGAAAACUGUUAAAUCCCUUUGAAAGGAUUAAACACAUAGUUAAGUCUUGCUUGAUAGCCACAAUACACUGCAAUCCAUGAGGAUACAUAUUUAUACCUCUAAUUGGAUCAUUGACUGCUCAACAGCAAUGUGUUGCAUUUCCCAAGCAAGGUUUUAUUAACCAUGUGCAACCACUUUGAGGGAAUAAACUCUUAUUUAACAAGGGUCACUAAUGGAAAAAAUGACAUGCUCUUGUGAAUUAAAGGAACAUUAAACUGUUUAACACAAUUACAAUAAAAUGGAUAGUACUCACUAUGCUAUACUUUUCCCACUUAUGUAGCUCUCUUCAAAGCCAUUCUUCUGAUUAACAUCUUAAAGUUGUCAGAUACCGUAGCCCCACCCCCUCAUAUUGGGCGCCGCCUUCUUGGAGCACAGAUAUUCUCACAGCCUGUGACAGAAGCCGCAAACAUUUACAGAUUUGUGACAUUGCUGUAUUUUUUAAAAACUGCAUGAUGUGUUUCAGGUUAAUGCGCAUGAUACAGAGCAGUGGCUGAAUUCCUCUGUAUUGUUCCUGGGUACUUUUUAAAAAUAUUUUUGUAACGUUAAACUGCUAAAUGUGAAGCAUCUUGCACUGUAUCGUGCAUACUAACGCCAAGAAAAUGAAAAAGCUGGCAACAUCACAAAUUUGUAAAUGCGUGUUGCUUCUGUCACAGGAUGUGAGUGCUUAACCUAGAUGGUGGCGCUCAGGAUGAAUAGGUGUAGAUUCAACAUUUGGCACCUUUAAAGGGACACUCAAGUUAAAAUUAAACUUCCAUGAUUCAGAUAGGACAGCAAUUUAAACAUCUUUCCACUUUACUUCCAUUAACAAAAUGUGCACUUCUUGAAUUACCAGCUUCUACUGAGCGUGUGCAAGAAUUUACAGAAUAUACGUAUAUGCAUUUGUGAUUGGCUGAUGGCUGUCACAUGAUACAGGAGGAGUGAAAUAAAAUCUACUCAUUUGAAGUUCAGACUAAGUGCUAUUGCAUUGUCUAUAUCAUGCAUUGGAUUAUGCAAAUCUACUGCACUCACUGGUCCUUUAAUCUGUUGAAAUAAGAGAACAACUUUGCAGAGAGCCGAUGACACAGGAAGGACUAUUAUAGCAUAGUGAGAAGGAUCUAUUGUAGCUGUGCUCAGCACUUUAAAGGGACACUGAACCCACAUUUUUUCUUUUGUGAUUCAGAUAGAGCAUGCAAUUUUAAGCAACUUUCUAAUUUACUCCUAUUAUCAAAUUUUCUUUCUUCUCUUGCUAUCUUUAUUUGAAAUGCAAGAAUGUAAGUUUAGAUGCCGGCCCAUUUUUGGUAAACAACCUGGGUUGUUCUUGCUGAUUGGUGGAUAAAUUCAUCCAAGAAUUAAAAAAAGUGCUGUUCAUAGUCUGAAACAAAAAAAGCUUAGAUGCCUUUUUCAAAUAAAGAUAGCAAGAGAACAAAGAAAUUGAUAAUAGGAGUAAAUUACAAAGUUGCUUAAAAUUGCAUGCUCUAUCUGAAUCACAAUAGGAAAAAAUUGGGUUCAGUGUCCCUUUAAUAAUAUAAAGAAUUGUAUUUUUCAUUAUAAUUUUGGUGCUGUAACUUGCAGCAGUUGUACACGCUGAUAUGAUCAGAAUACUCUGAGUUAGAGUGAAUCCUGCAGAGAUUGUAUCAGGUCAUAGCAAGGUUACAGAAAACGACUGUCAUAAUUCAGUAAUUAGCUAUAUCGCCACUCUGCUAAAUAAAACAUUCAUGUUUUUUGCA